AUGCUCACCGGCAGAUUCGCCGAGAGCGAGACUCUACGAACCUCGGGGUCUGUCACAAUCAAAUUGGAUGAUGAUGACCAAGAAGCAAUGUUGAUCUUGAUGCGUAUCAUCCAUGGCAAGUUUUACAGCGUCUCUGCAGUUGUUGACUUCAACACGCUGAAACGCAUUGCGAUUCUUGUCGACAAGUAUUCUCUCCACGAGACCGUGCACUAUUUUAUUAAUGGUUGGGUAAACGGCAUACGCAUGCCGACAAUCACCGUUGAAGAUCUCAAAACAUGGCUCUGUAUCAGUUGGGUUUUCGAUCUGCCACAGAAAUUUCAGACAAUGAGCCGCUCGUGGCUCCUGGACUCGCAAUUUUCAUUUAAUGCUCCAGGCCUGCCCAUACCGGCACAGGUCGUUGCACAGCUCAAUAGUCGUCGGAAGAAUACGAUAGCCCAGAUCAUGGAUGUGUUGACUGCAUUGGCGAAGGAAUACCUCGAUGUUAACAAGUCACAAUGCAGCGAAAACCCAAACAGGCGUGAUUACAUUUCUAGAGGCAAUGACGUCAGGUGCAAUAAAGACUGCGACGCGAUGGUAUUGGGCUACCUAACCAUGAUAUUGAUGAAGCUUGGGGUUAUGACUCUCAAUGGUCAAUCAACAGCAACGAUCAAGCUCAACGAAUCCCGCCUGCGGACUAGAUCUGACUAUAAAUUGAAUGCAACAACAACAACCAUACGGGAUCCCGGGGGUUUUGAACUACCGUCGAUCGACGGUCUAUUGAUCGUAGCUUAUGACCACUAA